AUGCUCAUCAUGCCCAUGUCAUGUUCUACUCCUAACAUCAGCAACCAUGCUUGUUCGUCAAGCUACUGCGUUUGCUGGCAAGGUGAGAACCAUGACAUUUCCAAUCUAAAGCUGCGAUGCGAUGGGGCUUCUCUGUAUCCGCCCAUGGAAACAACUCUGAAGGUCAUUUCCAGGUUCAAUACCUGCAGCGAUGCACUGUUGCCCAUGUGGAGCCUAGACCAUUGUCCUCGAAAGACAAGGCAGGUAAAUCAAGGUCAAGGGGAACAUCCAUCUGAAAAGGUGGGAACAUGCCAGCAUGCAGAGGCAAAGCCAGCCAAGAUCUCUCCCAUCCAAUCAGCGAGCACAGCAAGUAGUGGCCAUGAUCAGGUACUACCCAAGAAGACUCAUCCUAUCAGCAAGAAAAGCAGUACCGACGGAAGAAGACGUAGUUUCGUCACAGUGGAAGUGAGAACAGACGGGCUUCGGGACUCUUACAGCACAUCCUCCCCCAAAGACGACCCGGCACAUGGUAGCAGUCAAGCGCAGCAAGGCCCAGCUAGGAGCACCUCCGGUACCAGAAGCACCCUGCCGGACACGAAGCCGAAGAAGAAUGCAGCCAUCACACGGGUGCAAAUUGAAGUUAGCGAGGAAGGGUAUCCACUGAUGGAUAUCGGUGGAGGAUUGCUAGUUCCUUACAUUGGCACCCGUGAACGAACGAGAAAGGCCCUGCAAGUCGACUGUCUAGACUGCUCUUCAAGAUCAUCUAGCACACCUAGCACAAUCGUUGCUGAGUGCAGUGUCUGUCAAGCCAAUCUUAUUUGCUUGCACGGCAUGUCGUGCGUCAUGUGCAUGUCCUGCACCACCAUUAGCCCUGUCAGUUAUGAUCGGGCAGACCUACUGCAGCGUGACGGCCAACAACUCAAGCCUCAUGGACUGGGAGUUGGCCUCAGUCUGGAUCGAAUGGUGCUGUGAUCAUGCAGACCACCAAUCACACAACUAAUUGUACCAUAGAAAGCGAAGGGACUGCUAAUAAGCGACAUAAUGCAUUUUCUGUCAUACUGUAAUAAAAG